AAAAUGUUCCGUUGAGGUUCAGAUUCUACUCGGUUUUUGUCCCCGACGCGAGUGAAAUUUCGUCGACGGUGUAACGUCAGAAAUGAAAUCGUUAAGGGUGCGGAACGCGAGGGUGAUUUAAUCGGCAUGUCGACCGAAGAACCACUACAUCGAUCGUCACCUGGUGUACGAUAACGCGAUCUUACUCUCAUAUCUAUAAAAAUGUAAAUUUGGAAACAUGAAAGUCUGACAACGGUAACAACAAAAGAAAAGAAAAAGAAAUAAAUCAAACGUUUCCAAAAAUAUUAAAGGUGUAACCUAAACAGGGAUCGUUUAUUGGCCCUUGUAAACUUUCUCUUUGUAAACGCAUCGUCCAUAAACCGAAAACAACGAUUCUGAAAGUAAAGCUUAAAACCUGAAACGAAGCUAAUCUAUUGUGACGAAUUUCCAUUCUUCUGUAACAAAAUCGAAUUACAAAUUAAAUAUAUACAUAUAAAACAACCAAACCCUAAACAAUAUCAACGAAGAACGUCGGUAUUGUUUUCGCAACCGGCGAUCAAUCGUUGAUAGAAAAAUUCAUCUCGUUCGUCGAUCAAGAACGCGCCAAGUAAACGCAAAAUAUUAAUCGGUAAUAAAAUACAUUUGAGGAACGUGAAAGAAAUGUUAGAGGAUAGCCAGGCGACGGCGACCACCGACUUCCUCUUUUGGUUCAAACCGGUGUCCAGAAGUCAACGAAAUUUAGACAAUUGUCUUCUCGAUAUCGUUCCCACGAUUCUUCAACAUUCCUCGAGGUACACGGCAAAAGAAUUAUGUGACAGAGUCGCCAAAGAAAGAGGAUGCAGCCUGGAGCUGAGUCGUUGAACCGAGUUCAUUCUGUUUGUUUGGCUCGGUGUCAUUGUCGUCGGUCACGUCCUCGUUGUUGUCAUCGAGGCCGUGAUAUACGGAUCAGGAGGACCUGGCUUCGGCCAGGUACAAUUGCAAAAUGUUGGCUGAAAUGGUUCGACUAUCCUACCAGCAUCGAGCAUUUUACUGCUACGUGACCCUCAGUGUCUGGAUCUUCCUUCUCGUUGCUGGUAUGUACAAAUAUAUUGGUGUAGAGGAGAGAAGUUCUAUGCAAACGAAAGUCCUGGGGAAUGAUAUUUCUAUAAGGGAGUUUCCUAGAAAUUUAAGAGCAGAUAUGAAAACUAAAAAAAUAUUUCGAUUUUGUAAUCAACCUAAUGAAAUUAUCGCUGAAACUGAAGGAAAAUUGGAUGGGAACCUAACAUUGAGUGGUAUUUUGGUAUUUAUACGGCACGGAGACAGAGGGCCUUUAGCUCACAUUCGAAACAUAAGCAUAGUAAAUUGUGGUGGAGACUUUGGUUCUACACCAGAAUUAGAAAAUCUAUAUCAGAACUAUGUAAACUUCCUGCAAAAUGUCUCCAGUUAUUCCAGAACAUCAUGGGCACAAUUCUUAGGACCGUUCCAUGGUUUCCCUAUGUUACCUGCUAGUUCUAAGGAUUGUCGAAUUGGCCAGUUGACGACACUCGGCAUUGGACAACUUUUAAAAACUGGAAUUGUUCUUAGAAAUGCUUAUUAUCAUAAACUCAAUUUGGGAAAUGGCACCAUAUCCAAUAAAGAUAUUAUCGUCUAUAGCACUAGGUAUCGAAGAACAGUCCAAAGCGCAGUUGCCCUAUUGUACACUCUUUUGGAGACCGAUGGUUUUCAAAACUUGGCUAAAGUAACUAUGCAGGAAAGUCAAAGCUACGCAUUUUGUAAUAUGGAUUGUGCAUGUCCAGCUGCUGAAAAAUUCUUCAAACAACAUGUAAAAGAAAUGUCAGAUCAUCUCAAAUCCCAUCCAGCAGUGGCAGAGCUGAUAAAACAGGCUUCCAAUGCGGUCUUUGAAAUCCCCGAUCAAGCCCAAACGAUGGAUCCUAAUACCUUAAAAGAUGCGUUAUUAACAUAUAUUUGUCACGGUGCUUCCCUGCCUUGCAUGGACUUUGACAAUCAACGUGUCUGUGUAAAAACGGAACACGUAACGGGUUUGUUCGCAUACACGGAAUGGGAAUCAAAGCAAGUGGCAAAAAGCAUCAACCGUCGAAAGUACGGAUUAUUAAGAGCGUAUGGGCUACUUAGAAGCAUAGUUUCUUACAUGUUACGCAUAAUAUCCGAAGCAAAACCAAAGAUAGUUCUCUAUUCUGGACACGAUAAGACUCUUGAGUAUCUGGCAACCGCUCUUGGAAUUUUCUCCGACAAGUUAACAAUGCCACAUUACGCUUCCCGCUUUGUCAUUGAAGUUUACCGCAUAAAUCCGAGGAACGAAAACCACGUAGCCAGUGACUUUUACUUCCGCGUAGUAGUAAAUGGUAAAGAUUUCACACAGAAGAUACCUUUUUGUAAAAAUGCAAAUUUCUACAGCGCAAAUUACGUUGAACGUUCGGACGUUGAAAGGACGCGAAAAGAUUCAAAAUUAUGCCCAAUAGAAACGAUCAUUCGCCAACUUCACGACGAUUACUUUGGACCGUUUAAUGCAACGAACUUUAAAGACGCAUGCACUAAUCACAAACACGGAUAGUUUAAACAGGAAAUACAUUACAUUGGACAUUUCUUAGCGGGUCAAUUGCAAGAAUGCAUGCACCAAUCACAAACACGGAUAGUUUAAACAGGAAAUACAUUACAUUGGACAUUUUUUAGCGGGUCAAUUGCAAAGAUGUGUUCACCAAUCACAACGGCGGUUAUUACGUUUACUUUUCCUCGCAAAAAUAUAAAUCUGCACGACCAAUCAGAAAUGCAGAAAGUAUGCAGUUCGUGCAAUUCACUUCCGUUAUAGCUGCACCAAUCACAAAACGUAAAAGAGACUUUAUAUUUAAAUUCUCUUCGCAUAUACCAAUCGCGAAUCCUGUUAAUUUGAAUACGAAGAUAUAAUUUGGAACGGGUUAAACACUUAAAUAGUUUAUUUCAUAAUUUUUUGUACACGGAAAGUGAAGAAGGCGACUAGAAUUGUUUUUCAAGCUCUUCCGAAUAACGACCUGAAAAUUCAAAUCUUUACGAGUUCGAAUGGAGCAAAUAGUGUUAUAUGAUAUUUUACAAAGAAAGUAUUACAAAUUUCUAUAAGAUUUAUUACGAUUAAGUACGAUUCGUAAGACGUAGUUUCCAAUUAAUAUGGAAUUGGUAAUUUGCUACUGAAACCUCAAAGUAUAAAGUAAAAAGAAAAAGAGAGUACAGAAUUAUUACUUAAACUACAUACGAUUUGCACUGUUGAAAUUGUAACUGUAAACGAAUAAUAAAAAAAAAAGCCUUACAUUUUUAGAUUACGUUUAACGAAAUCGGACGUAGCUUUAGAUAUAUCAAGAAUAUACAGGAUGCCUUAAAAUAUGCAACAGCACCAGAAAAGAUAAUACUUCUUUUUAAGUUCUAUUACGUAUUUUAUAGCACCUUGUAUAAAGCUAGAUGAUUGCCAUAUAUUUUAUCACGCAUCUUAUUGUAAAUAUGUAAAUAACAUCUAACUUCUAUAAACGACGAUUGUAUUCUGUCUUUUCAUGCAUCACUGAAUAACAACAAAAUCAUAAUUAGUUAUCGUUGCAAAGAAUGUACAAGAAAUAAUAGAACUCUGUAACUUGCUACCUACAUAACUGUUGAUUAGUAUUAUUUUCCAAUUAGUUUGUGUAAAACGUUCCAUAGUGUAAAGAUCCAAGACUUCUUUUGCAUUGUAAAAUUAAUUCUUGUUGUACAUUGGGUCCAGAAUCCUCAUAACACAAUGAUUACACUAAAGUGCUGUUAAACAAGUAUCCAUUGGGGGAAAAAUUGCACAUUUCAAAUAGUAUUGCAACUGGUACAAACUGAGAUUAUAUUUAUUGAAAAAUACA